UACAUAUACGCCAUCUAUGUAGUAUCUAAUAAUUUCGAUAAAAAACGAAUGUCUCUUUCUUCACAUCUCGGCUAAAAUGUCUACACAUAAAAAAAAGACCAGGAAGCUUCGUGGUCAUGUAAGUCAUGGUCAUGGACGUAUAGGUAAACAUAGAAAACAUCCCGGUGGACGAGGUAAUGCUGGUGGUUUACAUCAUCAUCGUAUCAACUUUGACAAGUACCAUCCUGGUUAUUUUGGAAAGCUUGGUAUGAGGAAUUAUCACUUAAGACGUAAUACAAAAUGGUGUCCUACUUUAAAUUUGGAUAAAUUAUGGACAUUAGUUUCUGAACAAACUAGGCUUAAAUAUAAAGAUUCAGAAAAUAAAGUUCCAGUAAUUGAUCUUGUUAAAGCAGGAUAUUAUAAACUUUUAGGAAAAGGUCGACUUCCUAAACAACCAGUUAUUGUUAAAGCCAAAUUUUUCAGUAAACUUGCAGAAGAUAAAAUUAAAGCUGUUGGUGGAGUUUGUGUUCUUUCUGCUUAAAUAUGCAGGAGCUGAAGUUUUGAUUGAUGUGGUCACUAUGUAUUCCAAUAAAUUUAUAUUCUUAAUAAAAUUUAAUAACGAAAAAAGAAA